UUACAGCAGCGGCCGGAUGUUCUGUGUGAAGACAGGAACAACAAAGAAGAGAAAGCGCCCGGGUUUUAAAACUAAUGAGAACACACCAGAACACACAAUCAAGAAAAUUAGCUGUCGUUGACAGUAGGGCAAAAGCAUUUGGUUUGCAUGUGAGAAAAAGUGUCUGCCGAGCCAACCAUGGCGAACAAUGCAGAGGACAUUGAAAACAAUAUGGACCACCAGGAGACCAGUGUGGCCUGUGAACCCAGCCAGCAGCCACAGGAGGCUGCGGUGGUCAGAAGCCAGUCAAAGGGCGCCCCCCGGGGGGGCGUUCCCGUGAUCUACACACCAUUCCCUGAAGACACAGACACAGUAGGACAGAGAGCCAUCAACUCCAUCCUGAACGCCACCAUCAUGAUCACUGUGAUCAUCGUCAUGACACUGGUGCUGGUGCUGUUAUACAAGUACCGCUGCUACAAGGUGAUCCAAGGCUGGCUCUUCCUCUCCUCCCUCCUCCUGCUGUUCUUCUUCUCCUACAUCUACCUCAAAGAGGUUUUCAAGACCUACAAUGUGGCCAUGGACUACUUCACCCUGGCGGUAAUCAUUUGGAACUUCGGAGUGGUGGGCAUGGUCUGUAUUCAUUGGAAAGGGCCGCUGCGGCUCCAGCAGGCCUACCUCAUCAUGAUCAGCGCCCUCAUGGCCCUGGUUUUCAUCAAGUACUUGCCGGAGUGGACCGCCUGGCUCAUAUUAGCCGUCAUAUCCGUCUACGAUCUGUUAGCGGUUCUCUGUCCCAAAGGGCCUCUGAGGAUCCUGGUGGAGACGGCUCAGGAGAGGAACGAGCCCAUCUUUCCAGCUCUCAUCUACUCCUCUACAAUGGUGUGGCUCGUUAACAUGGCCGACACCGACCGGCCAAAAAGGAACUCGACGGAAGCGGCGUCAUCUCAACAAGGCGCUCACGAAGCCGUGGCGUCCCCGGCUGCCGCCAGUCCGCCGCAGGACGACGGGGGCUUCACCUCCACCUGGGUCAACCAGCAGGAGCACCAGCUGGGGCCGCUCCAGUCCACCGAGCAGACCAGACGGGAGAUCCAGGAGAUGCCCUCCGCUCGCCCUCCCGCCGAAGACGACGAUGAAGAGAGGGGCGUCAAACUGGGACUGGGAGACUUCAUCUUCUACAGCAUGCUGGUGGGAAAGGCCUCGGCCACGGCCAGCGGCGACUGGAACACCACGCUCGCCUGCUUCGUAGCCAUCCUCAUCGGCCUGUGCCUCACCCUGCUGCUCCUCGCCAUCUUCAAGAAAGCGCUCCCCGCUCUGCCCAUCUCCAUUUUUUUCGGCCUGGUCUUCUAUUUCGCCACAGACAACCUGGUGCAGCCCUUCAUGGACCGGCUGGCGCUACACCAGUUCUACAUUUAGCAGCACGCUGCCCUGAUAACCCUCACCCACGUAGCCCUCUGGCCAACAACACGAGAGCAGUCCCUUCACAGCUGGGGGUGGUGGAGAGGGGGCGGUGGGGGACAAAGGGCGAUGCAGGCCAGGGGCCUCUCCCACCCCCACAUCCCCUCCUAAGAACUCCCGAUGACGGGAAACAAGUUGUUUCUGUUCUGCCUUUUUUUUUCUUUAUCGACGCCAA